CUCCAAUGCUAGAUCGUAUGGAUAAGGAAGCAACUUGCAGCAACUAGGCGGCUCCAAUGUUUACCACAAACCAUCCUCUCUUUAACGCGGCUGAUAAAUUGGCCAUCUCUCCCGACACAAAUGGAUUGUCACCUAUAAUCAAUGAUAUGUUUUUUGCCUCUUUAUCAGCCAGCCUGCGAUAUCCCAGUAGAUCUGAUUAAUCCAUCCCUUCGGAAUGAUCAGCUUCUCCCGGAACCGAUGGAAGGCGUCAUUGCAACUUCGGCCAGUCCGCUUAGCCCGACGAGCCAGAACAUGCCAGUGACGAUAGCAACCUAAGCUAUGCGAUUGACCGCAUUCUUGAGAGAUUGGGAAGGAACUUAUUCCUUAUUAAGUGGUCAGAUGAUGGCAGUUGCUGGUGGGUGCCUCGAGAGAACGUCUUGGACGACGAGCUUCUUCAAAGGUUCGAGGCGGAGUUUAAAGGAUUCCAUUUAGGUGUGAAGGUUCUAGGUACCCGUAGAUGAAAUGGAAAGACAGAGUAUCGUGUAAGAUGGAUGGGCCGUCCAGACAGCAAGGACAUGUGGGUUCCGGAGCGGCAGAUGAGUCCCAAUCUCGUCAAAGAGCAUAAGCCACGUACGAAAAAGGCGAAGAAAAGAAAGGCACGUUAUUAAAGGCAGGGAUGCUGUGGUAAAGUGUAUAUAAUAGCUUGGUGUGAUAUAAAGCCGUAUAGUCCCUGGUCGAAACCUGUCAUAACCCCUUACCUAUCUUGGCUUGUAAGCAAGCAUCUAAGUUCGCUUUGCUUCUUAAUGUAGAAGGAUGCUCUUUGCCUAGCAUCCGCUCCCUCAGCUCCAGUGUCUGACGAUGCAUUUGCUCUGCCUCUUCGUACUUCCCCUGAUUUCGAAGGACUCCUGCGAGG